CAGCGGUGAAGGGGGUACAUAUCUUUGUCUUUUGCAAUUGCUCAGACCCUCUCUAAGCCCCCUGACUGACCCAUUCGGCCACAUGAACAACACAUGAAAAACAUGGACAUUGACUGGUCUUUUUAGAUCAAAGAUAACAGAGGAGCUGAUGACUAUGAGACAACCUCCUGACUGUUUGUUCAAAGUGCAUAAAACUUCCUCUUUGUAAAUACUAUUGUUACUACAGUUGAGGCAAAAUGGAUCUUACAACCAAACAUGGACUGGUGCUGCUCGACCAGCUGAAGAAGAUGAGGGAGUCUGAGCAUCUGACAGACGUUGUGCUGGUUGCUGAGGGCAUCAGCUUCCCCUGUCACCGGGUCAUCCUGUCCGCCUUUAGCCCAUAUUUCCGUGUAAUGUUUACAUGUGGCCUGCGUGAGUGCAACAACAGAGAAAUAUUCUUGCGCGACACCCCCGCAGACAGUCUGGCCCUCCUCUUGAAUUACAUGUACUGCUCAGAUCUUCCUCUCACUAAUGCCAAUGUACAAGGCAUCUCUAUUGCAGCUUUCCUCCUGCAGAUGGAUGACGUUUUCACUCGCUGUCAGCAGCACAUGACCGAGAACAUGGAUGCCUCGAACUGCCUUGGUGUUUACUAUUUUGCCCGUGACCUUGGUGCAGAGGAACUUGCUGACCAUGCUCAGCGCUUUCUUAGGCAACACUUUGUCCAAGUCUGCCAAAAUGAGGAGGUCCUGGAUCUGGAGGCCCAUCAGCUGGGGAAGCUCCUGAGUUCUGAUGACCUUAAUGUUUCCCGCGAAGAGACGAUCCUGGAUGUGGUCCUUAGCUGGGUCAAACACAGCACUCUGACAGAUGGAGAGGUCCGUUUUCUGCACCUUCCAGAGCUCCUGAGGAAGGUCCGUCUGCCACUGGUAAACCCUGACUAUUUAAGAGAGGCAAUAAGGAGGAACACGGCCCUGCUGGCUGAUGCUGAAUGUCUUGAGAUGGUCAAUCAAGCUUUGGAGGCCGCAUCGAUGCAUCCCUCAGCUGCACCACGCAAACUAAAGCUGCGGUACGGCAUGGAGACCACAGAUCUGCUGCUCUGUGUUGGAAAUGACGGCAGUGGGAUUAGGUCAAGAUAUGGAAAUUUUUCUGAGCGCAGCUUUUGCUAUGCCCCAUCCACAGGCCGGAUCUACUAUAUCACGUCACCUCGCUAUGCAGAGGCUCUGGGGUAUGUGUGUGCCGGGGUUGUAACUGAAAGAAAUGACAUUAUAGUGGCCGGAGAGGCAGGAGCUCGCAGAAUGGCCCGACAGAAGGAUGUAAAUGUUGAGAUCUACAGGUAUAGAGUAGAGGCCCAAGGAAGCUGGGAGCGCCUGACGUCAGCAGAGUACCGUGAUUCAUAUGCUCUGGGGUCACUGGGUGACACUCUAUACCUGCUGGGUGGACAGAUGAAGCUGAAGAACCAGUUUCUCAUUACUAACUGUGUGGAGCGAUGGUCUAUGCAAGGAGGACCCUGGCGCAGUGCAGCACCCCUGCCUUUGCCUUUGGCCUAUCACAGCGUGGUCACAAUGAAAAAUCGCUUUUAUGUGAUAGGUGGUCGAACGCCACAGUCAUACCGGAUGGAUGAUGAGCCUGAAUGUCUUAGUAACCGCCUUCUGGAGUAUAAUCCAGACACAAAUAAGUGGACAGAGCUGUGUCCCAUGAAGUACUCAAAGUACCGCUGCAGUGUUGUUGUACUCAACGGUGAAAUUUUUGUGAUGGGCGGCAUUGGAUGCGAGGGUGUAGACCGUGGGCAAUCACGCCGCUGCCUCAAUGCUGUGGAGAUCUACAACCCAGAUGGAGAUUACUGGAGGGAUGGACCUCCUCUCCCAACUGCACAACUCUCACUGCGCACCAAUGCCUCUAACGCAGGAGUGGUGGGAGGCAAAAUCUAUGUGUGUGGAUACUACAAAGGAGCAGAUCGUCAUGAUAAUAUAACUAAGGACAUUUUGGAGCUGGACCCAUGGGAGAAGCGGUGGACAGUGGUGGCUCGGCACGCUCUGAUGCAUGACAACUAUGACGUCUGCUUAGUGGCAAAUCUCAACCCGAGGGGUCUCAUGUCCCCCCCUGCAGACUUAGUUAAACAGUGACACCCCUGUCAGAUCAGGUCAAAGUUUGUGUGGGAGAAUUAGUGUAGGAAAUUAUUAAUGCACUUAUUGCUGGGCCAAAAGCAUUCACUUUUUUUUCAAGCAGAAAAGGUUGUAGUUGCCUGCAUGAAAGAGGAUCUGCUGUCAUUGAUUUGCACGUUUAGAGAUUCUCAUGUUAAUGAGAACAGAAAGAUAAUUUGUAAAUACCGUAUGUUUGUUGUUUUUUAUCUUGUUGUGUAACAUCAGAGACUGAUCACCUGAAACCUGCAGCUGUGUGACACAUGGCAUUAUCAGCAACGCCAGGAAAUUAUUUCCUUGGACAUACCCCCCCCCCCCAACAAAAACAGUUUCAAGUUAUAAUUAGGGCUGCAAUUUAGUUAUUUUCAUUAUCAAUUAAUCUGACAUUUUUUUGGUCAUUAUUUAGUGUAUGAAAUGUUAAAAAUAGUAGACAAAUUGGAUUUACAAUUUCUUAGAGACCACGGUGAAGUCUGAAGUUUGUUUGUUUUGUCCAACUAACAGGCCAAAACCUUACACUAUUCAAUUUACUGUCACAUACGACAGAGAAAAACAGGAAUUCAUCACAUUCGAAGCCUGAACCAUUCGAUGUUUUGUAUUUUUGCUGAAUAAUAACUGAAACAAUUAUACCGAUUCAUUUCUUGUCACUCAAAGGACAACCCAACCGCCAGAAAAAAUAUUGGCAUUCUAACUGUGGUGUAAGGUAGUUAUAAUAGGCCCCAGUGCACGCUAUCAUGCACAUACCGUCUCAUCACAUGAUCCUAGACACAACAUCAACAUAACAUGUUACCCAGCGAUCAUUAUUGCAUAUUUUUAUGUAACAAAAAAUACCAAAGAAAAAUAUAUUUUUUAAUUAAUCUAAAUAAAUAAUUAUUCAUUUAAUUUAACAAUUUUAAUAGUUGAUUUAUAGUUAUAGAAUAAGUGUAUAAUUUCGUUAUAGAUGCUGUUAACUAUUUUACAAAAAAGAAAAAGAAAAAAAGAAACAUCACAGAGAUGGGUUUGCGUUUUUCAAGGGCAUAUAUAGCAAAUGGCACUGUUUAAUUUAACGCAGGCAUAUUUUCAUGGUGGCAAUCGCUCAUAAGGACCCAUUCUCCACCCAACACAUUGUUGGAGGGCCCACUCUCUCUAUGGGCCCUGCACCUCAAAGGCACCAGUGCAUCUGCACUGCCUGCACUGUCUAUAUUUACACCGCCGUUUCUGCAAACCGCGGAUACAUUACAUUUGUAUGUUAUGAUGUAGUGGAUACGUUAAAACUUUACAUUUCAACAAGGCUGUGGUUAAUGUUUGGUUACGUUUAGGUACAAAAACACUUGGUUAUGGUUAGAAAAAAGAUCAUGUUUUGGCUUAAAAUACCUGGUUUGGAGGGCACUAUCCACAAGUUUUGGAAGCUAAAAAGCGCAUUGGAAACACAGUGAUGACUUGCUACAACACAAAUGGUUUUGUUGUGUCUUUGUCUCGUGGCAGCUUGGUAGUCGUCUGAUAGCACAGCACCAACUUCUUCUUCUCUCAAAUCGGCUGUAGUUCAGGAAGUGAUCAUUGUAGCUCUGGUUAUAACUAUGGACUUGGAUAUAAAUCAUACCCGAGACGCUGGUUUGGUCUAUUACUGCAGGGCAAAUAUUAAGCCUUAUAAUGCAUAUGGUUAAUUGACAUUGUCAGAUUACAUAUACAGUAUAAAACUGAAUAUUUUAUGUUGUAUCAUCAACUUGUUUCUUCCUUUUGUGGUAUGUUUGCUGAAGCAUAAUGAAAUGUUUUCUGCUAAUAAACACGCACCUUAAUGAUA